AUGUAUGUUUCUGCAAAGAUUAAAUAUAGAUUACUUAAUUCAGAUUUAAAACUACUUCUCAUGCUGUUAAAAUAAAUCUGCACCACCAGCUAAUAAUACCUCUUACUACUCAUUUAAGGAAAAGUAUAAUAUUGCAAUCUAAUGCUAAGUUUAUGGAUCAGAAAAUCUAUUCGUUGUCAUUCUACUACUUCCAUAUUCUAAUAGAAGCGCAAUCAGAGUCAAUAGAUAAGUUUUUUAUUUUACUAGAAACUAACUAAACUUUUCAAUAUAUUAUCCCUUUUGUAAAGCUCCAAAAAGUUUUUUCUCCAAUCAUCAGUUACUAAUAAAAUGCCGUUUGAAUUAAAGGCUAUUCCUUAGGAUCCUCUACUUUAUUUGUUUGACUCAUCUAUCAACUUAAAUUAAAAUUUUCAUUCUCUUCUGUGUGGCAUUUUAAUUUUUAACAAGGGAAUUUUUUUGGUUCUACAGCAUAACAUUGAUUUUAAUUAAGUAGUUUAUUUUGAAUCUUUAUUUUUACAAAUGAUUAAUAUCACUCCUCUUUAUACUUAUAUAAAGAAAUUUAAGGUCUUCCAAAAAAUAUUACAAGUUUUAUUAUAAAAAAGAAAAUGGUGA